AUGCGCCCCUCUACUACGGACUUCUCUAUUUUACACAUACUCCGGGAGAAUGAGGAGGGCUCCUCUGCAUCUGGGAAGAGCUCCGUUGAUGCAAUCCUCCCGACGCAGACCACUGCGACGGAGACGGCGAGUUUUGGCGGUAUCAGCCAUCUUCUCUGGACAUGCUGCGAGGCCUCCACCAGUAGCGCCGGCAGCCCCCUUGACCAGAGGUCCAGCUUCAGCACUGAGGGCGAGAACUCACCCCACUCUCGGUGCCGCAGACGACAUCAGUAUCAGCGUGUGAAGGCCAACGCCCGGGAACGAAUGCGUGUGCAUACAAUCGCGGCGGCUUUCGAGACGCUGCGUCGAUCUGUGCCUACUGCGGGCUCAUCAACACGUCUCUCCAAACUGGCGGUUCUGCGUAUUGCGGCCUCCUACAUCGAGACACUGGCAGCCUGCCUGGAGGCAAACCCUCCGGCGGCGACGUCAGAAAGCGAUCUCCCUGAGGACCUGUCACUGAAGGGUCCCUCGACACAGUCCCAGACCCUGCCAGACCCUCUUCUCCGCUUCGAUGCCUGUAUAAGGAAACUGAAUAGGAUCGUGCGAGCAGAAUCCAGGAGUAGAAGGUAG